GUCCUGCUUGGAGAGAGACGACGACAUCAGCAGCAGCAGCGCAGCAUUCCGGGGGAAACACCAUGAAUUUUAGGCUGAAAAGGCGACUGGAACCUUACAGAAAUUCGCUUUCUUAUUUUUGAUUUCCGUUUAUUUUUUUGCGUCUUUUCUUUCUUUUUUUUUUUUUCUUCCUUCCUUUUUUCACCCGGUCUCUGACGCGCAAGGACACUACAGCAUCCAUCCACGGCAGAAACGCUCACACAUAGAGCAUCCUCUGUACAGACGCACCACCAUCCUCCACCUUCCUUCCUUCCUCCCUUCCUCCUACUCCUCCACUCCGGUUCUGUUCUAACCCAGAGGACAUCAGGACGUCUUCAUCUUCUACCCGGAGACAUGGAUCUAUGGUUUCAUUCGAUCCGGAUUUGCUGGUGGAGGGUUCUGUUUCUGAUGAGUAUUUUCCAGGACUAUCUGAGCUCCAUGCUGGACUGCCCACCGACCUGCAGCUGCUCUCAAACAGAGAUCUAUUGCAAUAAGUCCGACAACGGCAGGUUUUUCCCUUUACUGGCCCUGCAAGAUACUGGGAACAAUGGGACCAGUGUUGACAUAGCUGAGUUAUUCAAAAACAUCUCCUCAAUACACAUAGAGAACUGGACAGGAUUGCAGACUCUCAGAGAUGUCGAUAUGGAGCUCUACACUGGACUACAGAGACUAACAAUCAUGAAUUGCAACCUGAAGGUGAUCCAGCCUCGAGCUUUCGCCCAGAACCCACACCUACGCUACAUAAACUUGUCAAAGAACCCUCUCACCACUCUGUCAUGGCAGCUCUUCCAGCACCUCCAACUCUCCGAGCUGCGUCUGGAUGGUGUGGUGUUUGACUGCGGCUGUGAUAUCCGCUGGAUCCAGCUGUGGCAGCAGAGGGGAGAAGCCGGUCUCCACACACAGCAGCUGUACUGCAGGAACGGAGCAUCAGAGAUACGACUGCACAACAUGUACAUCCACAACUGUGACUUGCCAGAGAUCAGUGUGAGCCACAGCAGUGUGUUGGUGACGGAGGGCGACAAUGUGACAGUGAUCUGCAAUGGGACCGGAUCUCCCUUGCCUGAAGUGGACUGGACUGUUAGUGCCCUCCACUCCAUCAACACACACCAGUCUAACGUGUACUGGCCGAACAUCCACUCUAUUAACCUGACUCUCUCUAACAUCAGCCGAGAUGACAACAACUUUCAGCUGACCUGCAUCGCCGAGAAUGUUGUGGGGAUGACCAACUCCUCCAUUCAGCUCAACGUGCAAUUUCCUCCAGUCAUCCUGAGACUUGCUGAACCUGAGCAGCGCCAUGAUACCUGCAUUGAGUUCACAGUCAGGGGUUAUCCCCACCCCAAGCUACGCUGGUUCCACAAGCAAAAGGAGAUAAUCCAGAACAAGUACAUCCGGACUGAAAUGGAUUUUUACCAGGACUAUCUGGAGGGAUGUCUCACCUUUCAAAACCCAACACACAUCAACAACGGCAACUACACUUUGGAAGCCAGCAACCCUCUGGGAACGGUCACUAAGACUGUGUAUGGUCACUUCCUGACGGAACCUGAACCGGGCUUAGUUGAUGAAGAUCUAGUGGAAGUAGAUGGUGAUUCAGGCCGACCAGACGAAGAUACAUUCGGGGUUUCCAUUGCUGUGGGUUUGGCGGGCUUUGCUUGCGUCCUUCUCCUCGUCCUUUUUGUUCUGAUCAACAAAUACGGCCGGCGCUCCAAAUUCGGUAUGAAAGGUCCAGUAGCUGUGAUCAGUGGUGAGGAAGACUCUGCCAGCCCUCUCCACCAUGUCAACCAUGGGAUUAUAACCCCUUGUACUCUGGAUGCAGGUCCAGAUGCAGUUGUCAUAGGAAUGACUCGUAUUCCCGUCGUGGAAAAUCCCCAGUAUUUCAGACACGGACACAACUGCAAUAAGCCAACUACUCUUGUCCAGCAUAUAAAGCGGAGAGACAUCAUCCUGAAGAGGGAGCUGGGAGAAGGAGCGUUUGGCAAAGUUUUCCUGGCAGAGUGUUACAACCUCAGUCCCACCAAGGACAAGAUGCUGGUGGCUGUGAAGACGCUGAAAGAUCCCAACUUGUCUGCAAGAAAGGACUUCCAGAGAGAGGCAGAGCUGCUGACCAACCUGCAGCAUGACCAUAUCGUUAAAUUCUAUGGCGUGUGUGUGGACGGAGACCCUCUGAUCAUGGUUUUCGAAUACAUGAAGCAUGGAGACCUCAACAAAUUCCUCAGAGCGCAUGGCCCAGAUGCCAUGAUCCUGGUAGACGGCCAGCCACUGCAGUCCAACGGAGAGCUGGGCCUUUCCCAGAUGCUGCACAUCGCCACCCAGAUAGCCUCAGGCAUGGUCUACCUGGCCUCCCAGCACUUUGUCCACAGAGAUCUGGCGACUCGCAAUUGCCUGGUGGGCAACGGCCUGCUGGUCAAGAUCGGAGACUUUGGCAUGUCCAGGGACAUUUACAGCAGCGACUACUACAGGGUUGGAGGGCAUACCAUGCUGCCUAUUCGCUGGAUGCCCCCAGAGAGCAUCAUGUACAGGAAGUUCUCCACGGAAAGCGAUGUCUGGAGCUUUGGUGUAAUCUUGUGGGAGAUUUUUACCUAUGGGAAGCAGCCCUGGUUUCAGCUGGGUAACAACGAGGUUAUUGAGUGCAUAACCCAGGGUCGGGUUCUGGAGAGGCCACGGAUUUGUCCUAAGGAGGUGUAUGACAUCAUGCUGGGCUGCUGGCAGAGGGAACCACAGCAGCGACUGAACAUUAAGGAUAUUCAGAAGGUCCUGUUCGCCAUGGGAAAAGCCACGCCAGUCUACCUGGACAUCCUGGGCUAGCAGCGGUCCGGGAUGGCCUGUUCCUCGCCAGACUGACAGAUCGACAGAGACAUACGGACAGACCGACCCACAGAAAUCCAGGAAUAACCAAACCAACCUGCUCCACUGUCGAAAAACACCUACAAGUUUGGGAAGGACUUAAGUGCCUGCAACACUUUUUGGAUAUAGUGGAUAAAACAUAUUCAAAAACACGCACUUUUACAUUUUGUUUACUUGCGUAUAAGAUGUACAGGUUUGAAGAAGACUUUUUUUUUUUCCUUGAAAACUGCAAAAACAUAUAAAAAUGGAGACAAAAGGGAAAGUAAUAUGGACUGUCAAUAGGAAAAUGGCCACAGUUUGAUUAUAUUAUGGAGAGAACACAUCAGAGUUAAAUCUAUCCUGGGUUUGGUUUUAUGAAUAUAUAUAGAAAUAUUACAUAUAUUUUAUAUUUAUUUCUUUUCGUCAAGGUGUUGAAGGGUCCGCCAUGCGUGUUGAUAAGGGCUCGGCCCCGUCCGAAGACAUCACCAACAAACUAUUGGCAGGGACUUGAAGAUGGAAGCCUUACUUGCACUCUGAUUGGCUGCCACUGAGCUCUAACAGGGACUCUGUAGAAUAACACUGGAUGGUUGAAAAGAGAAGUGCUCUAUAGAGGACUACCCAAUCAGACAACCAACAAAUCUAUUUUAAUUUAAAGAUAAUGUACAUAUUGUAAAAUUCUAUGUGUCAAAAUUAUGUUAACUUAUUUUUUGGGAGUUAUUUUAGUUCUUUUCUGACUGUGAUCUGGGUGGCUAAAGUAUAAAGCUAUGGUGUUUGUUUUCAUCUUAAUCUAGAGGAGAUUUCUCUUGGGAAAUUACCUGUGUCAGUAUUGGUAAGUUGUCAAUGUGGUGAUGGUGAAUGGCAGUGAAAAACGGCUCAAUAGCUCGCUGACACCGAAUCACAAAGACUGUGGAGAAUUGCGGGAGAUGACUCAGAGCCAUGCUUCAACAUGACACUUCCCAAAGAGGUGAUGAAACCUCAUAUUCACUCUCCAGUUCAUUUGCUUUUUUAUGGCAAGAAAAAUGCAUUGAUAAGUAAUACUUUACACCACACCCCUCAAACACAUGCACACGCUUUGAGAAACUGAUGUGUCAUUUUCAGGCUUUUUGGUGUGAAACUGCUUUUCCACUCUAACGAAAACAUGGUUUUUAGUUGCUGGUGUGUGCCUAAAGAAAUCUGUAACGUGAAGCAUUCUAGGUCGCCACCAUCAGUUCCCUGUCACUUCCUUCAUUUGCUGAGAAAAGAAACAUUACUGCUUCGUCCUUUGCAUUUUAUUUUAGAGCAACUAAAAGAGAAAAAAAAAAUUAUUGCAAUUUGAUUUUUUUUUUUUUUUAUUAGCUGUAUGUGACUCACUGUCACUGUUUUCUUCCUUGCACCCGUGGCCUUUGCAUGUUUUAGGGAUAAUGAGGUUUUUACACCCACUGCUUUGAUAAAACCUCUUCUUUGACAACCAGAGAGGAGCCACUGAAGCAGGUAGAUACUUGUGUUUAUUUAUUGUUGGUACAUUAAAGAUAAUCUCAGAAGUGGAUCAGCUAAUUGUGUGGUAUUAUGCGUUCCAUUUUUGUGUUUCUUAUAAUGAACUGGAAAACAUGAAGAGUUUCGUUCCAAAAUGUGAUUGAAAAACACAUCUCUCAAAUUUCUGAAUGGCAAAAAAAAAAA